GAAAAAUUUCAUUAUCAGUGCCAAAGUGAUGAUUGAAGCCGAAAAAAGUGAAAUUGGUGCUAAUGUAUUGCCGUCCAUAUUUGAAUUGAUCGCACAAGACAGUCUAUCAGUUUCUAUUCAACAAGCCGUUCGUCAUAUUGUAAAGUAUUUAUAUGAACGCAAUCCUUCGCGAUACAGGCUGUUAUGGAAAUGGUACGAUGAAAUAUAUUUAACUGCUGAUUUGAUUCUUCAAACUUUCUAUUUGAAAAAAUACGGAGGUUCACUUGCCGAAAAUUUUUAUGGAAUGAAACGCAUAAUUAAUGGCACAUGCAAAUCAGCCUCAACAGGAUUUCCAAAACUACGUUCUUUAUUCAUGCUUGUUGGAUGGCCAUAUAUCAUGAAAAAAUUGGAAAAAAUUCAUUUGUUGUUAUCAACAUAUACGACCACAACUAAUUCAAGGGUAAAUUUUAUGCAACUUCCAUUAAUUCAUAUUCUCGUCAACUACUAUCCGUGGAUCAAAAUAUUAUUCUCUACCUUUGCUUUUCUUCUUAAAAUUGCAUAUAUUUUAUCAUUGUGUAAUGUACAUUCGCCGGAACUGAAAUUUGCAAAUGUACAUUUGGUGAAAUUCACUCAAAUUGAUAUCGGCGAAGAAAACAAAAAAAGAUCUUGGCGGGUAUUAGCUAUUUUAGCUAGCAUUCUUACUCGUUGCAUAACUUUUGGCCUUUAUUUUAUCCAGUUUUUGGAUUUCUAUUAUAAUAGUGAUACUGGGGAGAAUUUUCGAAUGGAGCAGAGAACAAGGAACUGGAAAUUUCCACCAGCACCUCACAAGAAAUUACGAGAAAGUUCUGUGUUACUUCUGGAAACGAACAAAUGUCCCCUAUGCUUACGACAGCGCACUAAUGAUACGGUGCUUGCUGUUUCUGGUUAUGUUUUUGUUAUGGUUGCAUAUAUUCGUAUGUGGAGCAAGAGAAGAAAUGUCCAGUUACGAGUUUGCCAGCAGAUGUGGAUGAUUUAAUCAAGAUUCUUGUCCCUUCAGCAUGAAUCCUUCAUAUAUUCCAAUGGUUUUUUUAUUAGUUAUGUUAUAAAUGUUAUCAAUGGCAUCACAUUUCGUUUGAUUAAGAGUGGUUAAGAAUAAGAGAUCAUAACAAUAAUCAUCACUUAAUGGAGAAGUGGUAUCAGCUUUGACUUAAAACUUUGACUUGAAAUCGUUUGAAGG